GGACGCUGCUGGUAGGGUGCCUUGGGGAGGCUGGAAGGGGGCUGAGGCUGCCGGGAAAGCGAUGGGGGAAGCCCCCAGGAGCCCCGGUGGGAAAUGAGGCCACGCUGCCGGCUGCGUGUCAUCAUCCCCGCACAGUCCCGCCAGCCGUCCCUCCCACCCCGUGCCUGUCGCCUCUCACUGUCGCCCUGCUCUCCCAGAGCAGGGUCUCUUCUCCUCGACACUGCCUGGCUUGGAAAGGAGUCUGACUCAUCCCGGCUGGGCCCCGGCAAAUGCCGGAGGGAACAGAACAGCCUCAUCCCGGUGCCCUGUGCCUGUGGAAGGAGGGCAGCACUGCUCAGGACUCAGCACUCCACACUUGGGUAGCAAAGGGCUUCUGGCAAGGCAGAUCAGCUGCUCCUGCCAUGCCCCACUUCCUGGAUUGGUUUGUGCCAGUGUAUCUGAUGAUCUCCAUUCUCAUCCUGGUGGGCUUUGGAGCUUGCAUUUACUACUUUGAGCCAGGGCUCCAGGAAGCCCACAAGUGGCGAACGCAGAGACCGAUCAUGGACCGAGACCUUCGGAAGACACUGAUGAUUCGGGACAACUUGGCCUUCGGGGUGCCCGAGGUGUGACAUGCUGCCCACCAAGUCCAGAAGAGCCUCUUCUGGGUGGGCAGAGCUCCACAGGUCUUGGCUGGGACAACAGCCCUGCCCUGCAUAAGCAGGACCGAUCAUCACUUUGCUUCUCUGCUGAUCUUGCUGCCCCUUUGCUUCUUAGGCAAGGUUUGUGUGGCACUGUAGACUUGGGGCUUCCCUUGUGUUCACAGCCCUUCACCCAGCCGAGGAGCUCUACUUCUCCUCAUGGCCAAGACUGAUGAAUCACUUAAAUGAAAGGUCCCUUGUUAAUGAGGGACUUGAGCUUGAGCUGCCUGGCACCUUGACAGGGCCUUCAGCAGGAAAGGUCUCUACAGUGUUACCAGGCUUGCAAAGGGAUACAGAGCCUUUUAUUCCCAUUCAUUCGAUUAAAUCUAACCCAGAUUGUUGAAGUCCAGAGGGUAUUUGGGGGGAAAUAAAUUGCAUUUCAACCCAGAUCAUUACUUCAGCUGAGCUCUUCACAGCACCCACCCUUUGUGCUGUGAUGGUAGCCUUGCUGAAGAUCAGUGCACAGGGGCCAAGGGCUCACCAAGCCCCCUGAGACUGAAUGCCUUUACCCCUGUUGAAGGCUCACUGCUUCUCUGUGUCUGUUUGGGAGAUGGAGAACAACCAUUCCAGAUGUACCACAUGCUAAUUAAAGAUCUUUACUAAAGAGGUUUGUCCAAGUCCUGUGUCAAGCUGGGAAUAUUUUGCAGCUCUCCAUGAAGGGGUGCUGCCAGACUUAUCACAUAAGCCUCUCGUGAUCUGCCUGACCUUCUGCUCGUCUGUUGCAGAGUGAGACGGCAUAGUCUGGGAGGUAGCUUGCAAUUGUUCAGUCCCCUGCACUGAGGGUCCCAGGGAUGGUAUGGAUGGGCUCUUCCUUAACUGUUGUCCCUCCAUGUGCUGUCCUGCCUGUUUUCACUCUGCUCUGCCCACAACUCACCACAGAAACCAAGCAGAAAGAAGACAACAAAGAGGUCAGGGCUGAACUAGAGAGAAACUAGUUAUUCAUUUCCUCUGGCUUAUGCUUCGUGCUGUUUAGUCCUGAUGCAAUCAGUAUUAAGCCAGGUAUUUUCCAUGGGUAUGAAGGGCUUUAUUGCCAACAGUGUCAAAGUCCUUCCCAGUGGAAUAAAAAUGUGUAACAAAAUGUGUGGCUCAUGCUUUAUUUUCCUGUUGUUCCUUCUGGAAGCUGCAUACCUCCAACUCUGGGCAGGCAGAAAGGACCUGUGGGACCUUUGAAACAGGAUAGGUCUUCACCUGCCUGGUUUCUGUGCUGGCUACACUACAGUGCUAUCUGGGAAUAAUUGUGCAAAAGGCAAAUGCUGCCUGAAAUCUGAGAUUCUUUCUCCUCUGUGGGACCUGUGCAGCCAGCCAGACCUCAGGGAAAAGGGAAGUAGUCACAGAUACUGAACUAAACCAUGUAAGGCAUCAGAGAAGAUACAGUGAUAGAAAUACUGCACAGCAUCACAUUGGUCUUUUCCACCUCCUCUAUCUUUUUGCCUUCAAAGCAGCAGAGAAGUUACAUCACCCUGAGCUCUACCUUCUCCCAGCACUCUCCAUGGCUCACUGUGGGUCACAGUGGUUCAGUGUGGGGUGGUUCUCCCCUCCAACCCUCAGCCCUGGCCACCCAAAGCAGGCAAAGAUCCCCCCUGCUAUGCUGCAGGUGCUGAGGGCCCAGCUCUCCUCUUUGCUCUCAUUUCUCCACCAUACCACAGGUAUUCUCAUCCCACACCACUCAAACGUAUUUCUCCUUUCCUCCUUGGUUAGUAUGUUGCACUUUGGAGUCUCUUUUAUAGCUAGGAAGGUGUAGGGCGGCAAGCUAGCUCCCUGUAAUGGAUGUCCUCCUGACCCUGAAAAUGCCUCAAAGCUGGCAAAGUGAAGGAACAAUCAAAUUAACAAAGAAGUAAAAGAAAAGCAGAAUAAAGGAAGAAAGCAUUAACCUGGUCAAGCACUCAACAAGCAAACACUGAACUUACUCAGUGGGGCAUAAAUUGUUGAACUGGAAUUUGUCAUUUGAAGGAGAAAAUAAAUAACUAAAUAAAAGAA